AUGAACGCCCUCAGAACCGUCACAGAGGCAAGCAUCACGGCAGUCAAAGGUGCCGCCUCGCCUGAGAAUCAGCGCGCCGCCCUGCUCGCCGUCACAGAAAAGGGAGGAGAGCUGGCCAAGGCAGCCCCAGGUGCCGCUUCGCAGGCAAGUCCCGCCCUCGCCAGCGAACCUUACGAGUGCGCAUGGUUGCGGAGCUUGGAGCUCUGA